AUGGUUAUAUCCGAUAGAGCAUGUGAUUACUGUUUCGCUUAUUGUGUGAUAUUAUUGAUUUCAUUCCAGCUUUGGUAUGGGACUCCGCAUGUUUCAUUUUCUGAGGAUUUGGAAGAAAUGUCAAAGUCUUAUCUGUACGUUGGUUCUUCUUCUAUUCCCGCUGGGUGGACUAUAUAUAUGUGUAGUGAAGAACGAACGAAUCAUAUGUCAUAUGAUAUUGCAGUAAUUGAUAGUUCAAAAGUAAGGACACGUACAAUUUUUGGAAAUGCUUCAAGAAUGUCAAUUCCAAUUAUAAAUAAAUUACCUUCCGGUGGAAUUCUAUCCUAUGUUCUGUCAAAAUCACAAAUGGAAAAUCUUGCCAGUAAUUCUCAGAUUGAUCAGAUUUAUGUUGAACCUUUAAUGCAUUGUCUUGAACCUGUAAGGUCUUGCUCAAGGACUAAUAAACUUGUUCAAGAUGAUAUUCAAUGUUUGACCAUAGCUAAUCCAAACAAUUUUGAGGUUAACGUUGAGUUUACUGUGAAUUUUUAUGUAACAAACGUAAAUGAGGAUGAAUUGGAUGAAAAUUUGCAGCAACUUGAUAGUAAUGAUGACGGUUUGUUGACAGAUACGGAAAAAAACAUUGGACAGGAUCAGCAAGCGUCAAAAAUUAAUACAAAAUCAAAAUUACUUGUUGAUACCGUUAAAUCAGUUUUUUUGGUGGUGUUAAGUUCGGGUAUCACUGUAAAUUAA